AUGUUCACAUUGCUUUACCGAGCUGUGUUUUCUCCGCCUCCCAUAAAUAGCACACGAUGUACAGACGAUAACAAGGGUGUCUACUGGCUUCAGCUCUACGACACCUAUGAACAGUGGUACCAGGGUGUCGACAAGGCAUUUCUAGCUGUAAACUCUGGUGUACCGGUACCAUCGAAUUAUUCACUGGACUAUUCCGAAAUUCCUUCGAACCGUUCUAUUAUUUUUGCAAAGAUCCUACAGAGUAACGACCCACCGCUGCAAAUCUCGGACCGUAAGUCCUAUGAUGCAUUCAUUGCCACACUAAAGGUUGAGCUUGCGAGGAUUGAGGAUUUGACUAUCUAUCUAUAUGCGGGUAGAUUCACUGAAGUUGACGAGCUUUCCUAA